AUUUUGCGUUAAUCUAUAGUUCAUUCACUAUUACAUUAUAUAAAGAUCUUCAAUUUAAUAAUUUACUUUGAUGUUUGUAAAAAAUGAACAAGAAUUACGAAAGGUGUACUCAUUGCAAUCGCCGUAAAUGGCUCACCACUGGUUGUCUUCGCAAGUGGUUGAAACCGAUGGAAUGUAAACAUUUACAAAGAACUAUCGAUAAUAAAAGAGAUCUAAGCAAUACGGAUAUUGUUAAUUGUGUGUUCUUACCCGAGCGGAAACCUUCAGUUAAUACCAAUAUGUUUGUAAAGUUUUGGAAAAACAGGCUACUUAUAACAGGCAGUGUGAGAUCGUUACAGAGGUACUUUAGUAAGAAUACGGUAGAUUACUCCAGUAUAACGAAGAGUGAGCCUUGUACGUCGUCAGAAAAGCGAAUUAGUAUUGGCUGUGAGGCUAAAAAGGAGGCUGAAUCUAGUAAACAAGCAAUAAAGUGUCAGCACUCAGAUGGCCAUUCAGUGUUGAGAGGACAUCAUCAACAUUCUUCUUUGGAAACUUGUGCCAUUUACUGCCAGUUAUCCAAGCAUGGUUGGUACUGGGGUGGCAUAACAUCUAGUGAAGCUGAGGAACUACUAGCAGGGCAACAUGACAAUGUAUUCCUUGUAAGAGACUCAUAUGAUUCUCGCCACAUACUUUGUGUCUCUUUUCGCUGUGUGGGACGGACUUUACAUGCUAGGCUACGUCAUGCAAACGGACUCUUCUCCUUGAAUAAUGAAACAUUUGUGCCAGCCAAUAGGAUAUCGGAACAUUGUGCUACAGUUGAUGUCAAAUCAAAUUUGUUUGAAAUGCCAGUCAAAUUAGCAAGACCCUUGAACAGGUUUGCCAAAUUGGAUUCUCUACAAAUGAUCUGCAGAUUUGUAAUAAGACAGAAAGUCUCAGCUAAUGUAUGGAAUAAGUUACCUCUCCCGCCAAAUCUUAUAAAUUACGUGUCUUUAGGCAGUGACUAUAUUGUAUCCACAUAGUCACAACUUUGUGCCUUUGAGAUAUUCAAUGCAUGUAAUAAUGUAAAUCACUAUGUCAUUUAUUGUAAUUUAAAGUAAUAUGUAAAAAGUGUUCAUAUAAAUUUUAUACAGAAACAUUAUAUUUUUAAUAAAAACUGACCAUUGUAUUAUGCUACUAUUGGGUUUUAAUUUCAUU